AAGCCGGUGCAGCGUCUGCCAUUUUGUGAGGAGCCGCAGCCGCAGCCGCUGCCCAGAACCAUGUUGCCGCUUCGCCCGCCAGCGGCCUUCACGCGAACUCUGUUCGGACAUCGCGCUCCAGCAAGCAAAGCCGAGAAUUGAAAUCGCAGGUUGGAAGGAACUAGGGUUUCUCCCAUCUAUUAAAUCUUUAGCUGAGCACACGUCUUUAGACCUGGUGCUGUAUGGUGUUUUGCAGCAAGUGCUUAAGAACUAACUUGACAUGAAGAUGGAAGCAGCGGAGAAGGCAGAUUUCUCUUCCCAGGAUGGUCUGCAGGAAACUGAGGCUUCUUCAAAAGGUGUUGAUAUAAAAUCUGGUGAAACCUGCAAGGAAGAUGAUGGUUCAUUUCCAAAAGAGACAGCAGCCAAAUUGACAAAAGAGAACAGUGAACAUCCAUUGAAAACAAGUGGACAGUCUGUUGAACCUUGCUUGUUAAUGGAACUUGGGCAAGACUCAUCUGAAUCUCAGCUUCCAUCUGCUGAGAGCGAUAAACAAACACCCGGCCGCACUUAUGACAGCGAUUCUUCCAAUCAGUGCAUGGUUUCCCCGUCUUCCAGUGGUCAUUUGGCAGAUUCUGACACACUCUCAUCUGCAGAGGAGAAUGAGGCACCCCAGGCAAAUGUAGCUGUGGAAGAGGACCCCACAGGAGGAUCUGGUCCUUCAGUAGGCAGAAAAUCACGACGAUCCAGGUCUGAGAGUGAAACAUCAACCAUGGCUCCCAAAAAGAACCGUUCUUCAAACGACAAGCAGAAUGGCCGUGUGUCAAAGGUUAGAACGCAGAAACAAAAGGAACGGAUACGUUUGCUACGGCAGAAACGCGAAGCGGCAGCUCGGAAGAAAUAUACAUUGCUGCAGGACAGCAGUACGAGUGAUAGCGACUUGACAUGUGAUUCCAGCACAAGCUCAUCAGACGACGAAGUUUCUGGAAAUGGCAAGAGGACGAUUAAUUCAGAGAUCCCAGCUGCCAACACUCGUGCAGAGGGGUCUGCAGGCACUGCCACCCAAAUGGCCGGACUUCUGGACGGUGGGAUCUCAUGGGAGCGGAACUGUAUCGGCAAUGUCCUGGAGGAAGCAAUGAACUGUUUUGCAGAGAUGCAACGACAGACAGAGGAGAGAUUUCGGAUGUGGAUGGAAAAGUUGACACGCUUGGACACGGAUGAAGACGUAAAGCAGCAACCGAAUCGACAGGAGCCUAAAAUGCCAACAAGUGGCAUGCCAGUGCUGCCUCCUAAUCAACCCAGCACAUUUAUGCACCUAUCUAGCAAUCAUUCAAAUCUACAACAGUCACUUAACCCUUAUACGAAUAACCAGCCAAAUGUCGACUGUACUCCAGCUUAUCAAAUGUCCUUUAACAACAAUUCUGCAACUGCUUUUCAGGAGAAUGGAAACUCCUCUGGUCAUGAUAUCAAUCACUCAAAUGUUUGAAAUAAUCAGAUAUAAAAUAUAUACACUUAAACUCUCAGCCAAACAAGUAUUUGAGGGGAGAUCUUUUGAAUAAGAUUUCUUAAUAUCAUACACGAGCAGCAAUGCAAUUUUUAUAUAUAGUAUCGGAACUUCAGUGGCCAGGUUGUUAAUCUCAAUGACUGCUUGAAAUAGAAUUUUAAAGCCAAAAGUCACCAUGAUAACUAUAGCAACCUACCUCUGAUUGUACCUUUGACAUUGCUGGGCAGAUAACCUUUUCUAAUCAGUAGUGUUUAAUUGGCAUAUUGAUUUCAUUAACUUUAACAAUUACAAAUUAUCAUUUAAAAAUAGGAAAAAGUAUUUUUACAAUUUCAAGUAACUUGUUAAUAAUCACACGUUUCAGGUUGAUAUACCCGCACGUUUGUGGAUCGGAGGCUAUCCUAAUUUGCAGCCAAUGACUAAAUAAACCCCAAUAAUUAUAUGUCUGGGAAAUAUGCGAAGGAAUGUUUGCCAAAAGAUGCUUUAUCUUUGCCGGUGUCAAAAUGUCUCCAUUCUUCUGUACCUCUUCCUCUUCACUUAAUCUAACAGAUACUCCCUUCAAUUUCCCAUCCUUUCUCUUUGGUCCUGUCCAUUGCCUAUCCCCGAUGCAAACAAAAAUGACUAGUCUUUUUGUAAAUUAAUACCAAAAAUCAUUUAAUACUUUAGAACCUGUUUUGCAUCUGUUAGGAUAAGAAUUGUUUAUGCACAUGUUUAAGCAUGUUUAUAAUAACAGCAAAGUGGAGCCUAUGAAGCUCCCAUCAAUGGCACCAGCUUCCCAUUUGCUUUCCAUCUCUUCUGCAUUUUACAUUUAUUUCAUUGCUCAUUACUGAUCUAUUAUAGAAAAUUUGUUUUUUAGUAGUGGGGCAGUGGAAAUCCAUCAGAGUGAAAAAACUGUACUUUUGUUGCUUGCACUAAAUACUUGCAUGUAAAAGCAAUUAUGCAUUGUAAUCUGUAAACGUUCAGUUCAGCUGGAAUUGUAUUGCAGUAGUAGAGUUUGAUGCUUAGCUAGAAAUACAUGUUCAGUGCAAGCAACAUAGGGGAAGGUUCUACCCCAAUAUCUAUUCUGACUUCAUACUCUUGCUGUUACCAACAGAAAUAACUGAUUGCUCAGUUCAGAAUCUUAAAUAUUUUGGCUUGUGACAUCUGAAAUGAUCAAUUCUAAGAUGACUGAAAUAAGGGUAAUAAUUAAUUUGUCUAAUCCUACUACACCAGGUUGCUGUGCAAGUAGCAGAAACUAACAUAAUCGCAUGACUCUGGUUUAGAACACACUGACCCAGUCAGCAACGUGCUGAUGUAAUCCCACCCUCCAUUCUUUCCCACAUCAUCAUUCAUGCCCUGAAUCUGUUAGUAAAACAGUCGACCAAAUUGAGAUCUUUUUAUGUCUUACUACCUGGACUUGAAUGUCUAUGUGUACACAGUGAUUAAAAUCAACCCGGCCAGGCAAGAAAUGUUAUGACUCAAUUGGAACAGCUUUUAUUUGCCCAAAUAUUUCAACAUCUUCAUUUUUAAAUCAUUCAAAAACGCAAUAGAAAUUGAUCUGGUGAUAAUUCAUAGUGCACGGACAAAUAAGGCUUUGUGGCUAAAGAAGUGAGACCCUACAUAUACUGAGCAAUGUAUCUUUUAGUGGGCUGAUUAUGUCAUUGAAUUAUAAAUUUUAGAUUAUAUGGAGGGAGGUUUAGAUAAAACUUAUCUAAAUGUAUAAUUGCUUGAUAAAAAAGAUCUGGAAUAUCCAGGAUUAUCUCCUUUACAUCAGGAUAAACAAAACUCUCAGUUACCCCAAUAAAUGUGUUAUUUGUCUGGCGUGAUAUUGACUAGCAAGAUUUUGAACUUGAUCCCUAGUCUGUACCGAGAUAUCUUCCACUCUGAUUGGACUAGCAGGUAAGAAUUUUAAGCACAAACAUUUAAAUCAUUUAAGUGACAGGUAGAAACUCCAGGAGGUUUUUCUACAUGGAUGGAUUACAGUUGAUCAAAUGACUAUUAUUAUCUGCUUUUAUCUUGCGAUCUCAGUUUAGAUGGUAACAUAGUAUUGCAAUUGGUACUUUAAUGCUCCCAGACUAAGGAGCAUGAAUAGUCAGCUAAGGCUCUAGCUCGAGUGUUGUUGAUUGAUUUCCCCUUAAACUCACAGGAAUUGUCAAGUAAACACAGGAUUAGGAUUAACUAUGUUUUUCAAGAUUGCCUCGAUUGGCUGCCGAAAUAUUGCAAGUAAAGGAUUCCCCAGUGGAUGAGGUCUAAAAGUGAUGUCCCAAGCUUAUAAUUUAUUUCAAAGAGCAACCAAAAGAAACUAGGGGGAAAAAAUCUCUUAAUUGGUGCAAGGAUAACAAUUUUAAAGCACCUUAAAUUAUGUAUAUUCUGCAGUAUAGACAAGUUGAAAGUAAUUUAGGCCAGUACCUGCUGCUGUUCAACCCCCCCCCCCCCCCCCACCAAACCAUGAAAUGACCAUAUAAUUGUUGUAGAUUUGCAUUAAUAUCAUUGGUAUAAUGAAAUGCAUAUGUGAAUUUUGCCCUUUUAUUUGGAGACCUGCGGUGAAUGUGUGCCAUUCAGUUAAACAAUUAUAGUUUUAAAUAACGAAAGAUUAGGAUUUGUUACCACGAUGAGAGCAUGAAGCUUCCAUAUCUAUGACAUUUAAAAAAAAAAAAAGGAUCUAAGGCAUGUUCUUUCAUUUUCAAAUGCACUCACUGAAGUAACUUGAAGUUUAGAAUUUCUGUUUAUAUAAAAUGACCAUACAUCAAACUACUUUAGUUUAUCCAUUGCACGUGCUGAUAAACCAAAGCUGAGACUGCAAAAAAAACUUCCUUUUUUGACAAUUUCUUGGUUUAACAUUUUUUGAAAACAUUACAACCAACACGUGAACUAUUACGCAUGCGUGUUUAAUGUUCACUCGGGUAUUGAAAGAUCAGUGCUGAUAUAUCUCUGCAAUGUAAUGUGGCUUGGAAUCACAGCCUUGAGCACUGUAUCGGCUAUUUACAACAUACUAUUUGGUAUUAGGAUUUGGAGAGAAUAUUUGGUGCUUGUCUGUUAUGUGCUGGAAAUGUCCCAUGACAGAUCUUGGGUGAGUAACUUGAGUAAGGUUUAUUAUGGAAGAAUGUGUCACUGACAAAAAUUUGGAAAGAUGGGGAUGAAGGGAAAAUUCUACUGGAAAACGGAUAACAACAGGUACCUGAAAUAGAAACAGAAAAUGCUGAAAUACUCAAUAGGGUCAGCCACCACCUGGAGAAUGAGGAUCAGGUCUGAUGAAAGAUCACCGACCUGAAAUAUUAACUUUCCCUCAUAAUGUUUUGCCUGACCAGAGCAUUUUCAGCAUUCUUUGUUUUCGCUUCUGGAAACAGUUGUGCUCCUAUUUUUCAGAAUUUGAGUUUUGUGCUAUUAAUGACCUUCCAAAAUUUAACUACUGAUGUAUGAUUGUAUUGAAUAUCUGACAGUUGCAUGUCUUUAGGUCUUUGUGAUCGCAUUGCUGUUUAUGCUUGGAAGUGCUAUUUGAUCAAAAAUCCUUUGGGUAUUAACUAAGGUGUCACUGCAAACAUAUGUCUUAUGUUCUGAUCAUGUUUUCCAUCACCAAAAAUCCAAGUCUUUUUUCCCCCUUCCUACAGUAUUUAGGAGGGUUAAACUUAACAGCAUAUUUAUGGUAACUGUUCAAAUUAAACCUCAAGUUUUCCCCCACGCUGAAAUAAAUGGAAAAUGACCCAAAAUAUGUUGAAUUAUUUCACUUCUUGCAGCUUAUCACGUUUAUAUAUAGGCUGAUUUUUUUUGUGCUGGAAUUAGAAAGCAAUUUUCAUAUAAACAGGCACAAUUUGGUCUGAAAUUUCAGAAAUAAGUUGAAUGUGUGAAUUUUGGUCAGGGAAGGAACUAGCUACUUUUGUGUGAGAGCUGUGCAACAAAAUUAAAUUCAAAAGUGACAGGGAAUGUAUUCCUUAUUGGUGUAUUGGAGUGAAUUUUAACUCUUGAACAAACUUAGUUUUCAUUGUUUGGGACAGCUUAAUUGAUAGACAACCAGAGCUCUUCAUUGUUUUGCUAUGCCACAGUUUAAUGCAUUUUGAAAACUGGUCUACUUUUAACGUUCUUCGUAAUUUUAACAACGUUUACAUUUCCACUUUGUCAGCCAUCCAAACGGUUCAUGACAAAGAUGCAGAUAGGUUCAUGGGUUUGUUAUUUUAUUGCCAACUUUAAAGAUGUUGGAGAAUGGGAUGGGGGGAGAAAAGGAAGUGAUUUUUGUGCAUUACCUCAAUAUAAUCAGUGAAUACUAUUGGUUCCCCUUACCACAAUUUGAAGGUCUUGACUUGGACUAAUUUUUAACCUGGAAUUUAUUAUUCUGUGUGAGAUGAGCAUGUCUUAUCCCAGACAAGUGAGAGAGGUUUUGGCAGUUUUUAUUAUCCCCUUUCCUCUUCCACACCUAAGUACAUUUAGAAUGUUGCAGAAUAACAGCUUAGUUUUGUAGAAUUCUGUGCUAUAGUUGACAAUGCUAUGAUUUGGAGAGUGCCACUCGUAUUAAGUUUUGUGAUUCAUGAAGUCCAACAUUGACUAGUAUGCAUAGAUUGAGAUCCAUUCUCCUUCAUAUGCCACUUUUCUCCAAGAAUUGUUUUAAAUUUCAUGAAUUUUUCUUGAUUUUGAAGAUGUACUGGUCUGUGAGCGAUUAUAACACUCAUUAAACUGUGGCUCACUAACGGUGAAUGUAAGGUAUCUCCAAAGCUGAAAUUCUCCAGCAGUUUUGGAUAAAGCAGCUUAAAUAGAUCCAUGGAAGUGCGGUUUCAUUACUUCUGUUAUUAAAGAUGCUCUUUGCACUGUAACAGUGAGUUAUUAGUAUUAAGCAACAUCUGUGGACACCAGUUGUGACAUUAUUUACAGUAUAUUUAUUUUCAAAAAACUACUAGAGGUGGGCACAAGUAGCACAGUCUGUGAUGUGAUACGUUUUGAACUGGUGAUUAUAAAGCUUUGAAAUUUUGUUUAUCGCAAAAAUGUCAAAAUGGAGACAAAGGCACAUGUUUAUCAACAGAAUUUGUUUCCCCCCCAGUCAUUUAUAUAGCUCUGAAUGGGGACUGAUAACAACAUCUGCCCAUCACUGCAAUUUCAUCAUAGAUUGAAUUUGAUCAGUUUUGGUAUCCCAUCGUUUCCUGGAGCAUUAAUAGAAGCUGGAAUUGACCAAGUAUGCGUUUCAAUUCAGUAAGAACUUCCGCAUCUAAACUAAGAGUAAAUUUUUGAAGACGUAACAAUAUUGGAUUAUUACUUUACAUUAAAUCUUAACAUAAAUAGGGUCUGAAAUAAUCCCUUUUGAGGCUGCUCCUUCAAAAGGAUCUGUGCAGAUUCCCCACCUCAAGCCAACCUUAAGUGAUCUGCAAAUUACUUGAUUGCAUUGCUCCUCAUUAAAUGUGAAUUGCAAGACUGACUUUAAUCAAUCUGAGGCACAGUGAGACAUGCUAGUGCAUGACUGACAAUGUUUCGCCUCAAACUUCACUUUCAGUGAUAAUGGCUGUAAACUUUUAAGUUGAAAAUAGAGG